AUGGCGAUGAAAUAUCUGGGCGCCUACCUCAUGGCCGUCCUUGGCGGAAAGGACCCUUGGGAGCCCAGGGCUCUCGCCGGAGGCAUCAGCUACGAAGACGAUCUGAUCACAAAGAUUUGCGAGCGCAUGGAGGGAAAGCAGGCGCACGAGCUGAUCAAAGAGGGCUUCGGGAAGUUCGCCGCUUGCGGCGGCGGGGGUGGCGGUGGUGGCGGCGGAGCAGCCGCUCCGGCUGCAGGCGGCGGCGGAGGCGAAGCUGCGGCCAAGGAGGAGAAGAAGGUCGAGGAGGAAGAGGAAGAGGAGGAGAUGGACUUCGAUCUGUUCGGCUGA